AUGGUAGAGAGAGAGCCCUGCCGAGCUGUGAUCUACGGCCACGAGAAUGAGCAAGGCAGCCCCAAUGAAGCGGCCACUCCGGUAGUCAGUGACGAAAAGAAGACACCUGACAGUCCAAAAGUCCAGGAGGAACCUGAGAUUGAGCUUCCAGUCCAAACUGAGAAGAAGUCGUACCUUGACAAGAUCAAGCUUAUCCGAAAAGUCGAUCUUAAGAAAGAGAACCAUUUGGCCGGGAUGGCUUGGCGACCACUGGUAUUCAUGACCUUCCCAGUUAUCUUCUAUGCGGGAUUCUCGUACGGUUCCAACCUCUGCUGGUUCAAUGUGCUGAACGCAACAUCCUCACUCGUGCUCGCCAACUCUCCUUACAACUUCUCGCCGAGCAUGGUUGGCGUCACCUACGUAUCUCCUUUGGUCGGCACAGCCAUUGCAAGUGCUUAUACUGGCUGGGUGGGUGAUAAAGUGCUAAUUGCACUCGCGAGGCGAAACAAAGGUAUCCUUGAGCCAGAGCACCGCCUGUGGUUAUUUUUGCCGCACACGCUGCUUUUGCCUUUUGCCUUAAUCUUAUGGGGCGUCGGCGCUGCCCACCACAUCCACUGGUUCGGGUGCGUAUUUGCAAUGGGCGUCAUUGCUCUCACAAACGUCAUCGGCCUCCAGCUCUCGAUCUCAUAUUGCAUUGACAGCUACAAGGAUCUCGGCGCAGAAGCCAUUGUGACAGUCAUCCUCGUGCGAAACACUAUGUCGUUUGCUGUCAAUUACGGAACCACUCCUUGGGUGACGAAUAUGGGUCUUCGGAAUGCCUUCAUUUUGGCAGCAUUCGUGGGAAUGGCUCAGAGUGCAUCGCUCCUGGUCAUGGUCAAGUAUGGCAACACUCCGCGUAGGAGCAAAGGACCGAGAUAUGUCAAAUAUGUGGAGCAGAUGGCGAGUGCUGGUGUUGUUCAUUAG